AUAUAUUGUUCCCAUCUCAUCAAAAUAUAUAUCCUCCUAAAUUAAAUCAUUGCACAAGUUACAACCACCUAAGUUAAGCUAACACCAGCAAAGAAAAAUUCCAACAUGGAUGUUAUCUAUGUCAAACAAGCUUUGAUUUUGGAGGAAGCCAAGAAAGUAUAUAAAAAAUUUGCUUGUAGUGAGGAUCCAAUGGAGAGUUUGUAUAUGAUUGACAUCAUCCAAAGGCUUGGAAUUGAACACCACUUUGCUGAGGAGAUUGAAAAACAAUAUUUGAUAUUGAACAACAUUAAUCCCAUUGAGUUUGUCAAUAGCCAUGAACUAUAUGAUGUUGCACUUACAUUUCGCUUACUAAGACAAGGAGGCCAUUAUGUUAAUCCAGAUUUAUUUGACAGCUUGAUGUGUAACAAAAGAAAUUUUAGAGAAAAAUAUGGCAAUGAUAUGAAGGGUCUCAUUGCUAUGUACGAAGCAUCUCAACUAAGUAUGGAAGGAGAAGAUAUUCUAAACGAUAUAGGGAAUUUUAGUAGUGAGCUUCUUCAUACAUGGUUGUCAAGAAAUCAGAAUUGCAAUGAAGCUAUUUAUGUUGCAAACACUCUUCAAUAUCCACUUCACUAUGGCUUGUCAAGGUUCAUGGACAAUAAUAACAUAUUCCUAAGUGGUUUGAAGGCCAAUAAUGAAUGGACUUGUUUAGAGGAGCUUGCUAAUAUCAAUUCCAACAUAGUUAGAAUCAUGAAUCAAAAUGAGAUCAUUGAAGUUUCCAAAUGGUGGAAAGAAGACAUAGGAAUGUCCAAGGAGCCCAAGUUUGUUAUGUAUCAACCACUCAAAUGGUACAUGUGGCCCAUGACAUGCUUUACAGAUCCAAACUUUUCAGAGCAAAGGAUUGAACUCACCAAAGUUAUCUCUCUAAUUUAUGUUGUUGAUGAUAUUUUUGAUGUUCAUGGGACAUUAGAUCAACUUACUCUAUUUACGGACGCUGCUAAAAGAUGGGAAUUGGCUGGUACAGAGAAACUUCCAGACUUCAUGAAAAAUUGUUUAAGUUUGAUUUAUAAGAUUACCAAUGAAUUCGCGGAAAAGGUCUACAAAAAGCAUGGAUUAAACCCCAUAGACACGCUUAAAAAAUCGUGGGAGAGAUUUUUAAAUUCUGUGUUGAAAGAAGCACAUUGGUUUAAUUCUGGUUACUUGGCAAAGGCAGAUGAAUACUUGAAGAAUGGAAUUGAUAGUACAGGAGUCCAUCUUGUACUUGUGCAUUCAUUCUUCCUCUUCAAUCACAUUAUUCAAGAACAAACUAUUGCUAUCUUGGACCAUGAAUUUCCAAAUAUCAUAUAUUCAGUGGCUACAAUUCUUCGUCUUUCUGAUGAUUUAGAAGGAGCAGCUAAGAGUGGAGAUCAAAAUGGUCUUGAUGGCUCAUAUAUUGAUUGCUAUACUAAUGAACACCAAGAUAUUUCAAGUGAAGAAGCACAAACACAUGUUGCUAACAUGAUUUCAAAUGAAUGGAAACGUCUCAAUCAAGAAAUCAUAAACCCAAAUCCAAUAUUUCCAUCAUCCUUUAUCAAUUUUUGUCUUAAUGUUGCAAGAAUGGUCCCUCUCAUGUACCAUUAUGGGAGUAAUAGUAAUCCAAGUCUCUCCAAUCUACAACAAUUUGUCAAGUCAUUGAUCAGUUAAUGUUACUCCUAAGUGCAUUUAGUACUUAUUCAAUAAUUUCUUGAGAAUAAUAUAUCUAUUGGUCAAGAUUUAUCGUUAAUAUUGAAAAGAAGAGAUGAAUAAUUUGGAAUUGAGCUCA